CUCACCUAAAAUGGUAUAUAAAUCGAAGAUUCCGGCUGUAAAUGAGCCAACAAUAGGCUUCCUUCAGUUUUUAUUUGAAAAUGAAUUCAAAAUUUCCCAAGAUAAACCUCUUUUGAUAGAUGCACUCGACACCACUCGCUUUCUUACGUUCCCGCAGAUAAAAAAACUAACACUUCAAUUUGGUGCUGGUCUACAGGAUGUCUGUCAUUUUAAGAAAGGUGAUGUUUUGGCCAUAUACGCUCCAAACCAGUAUGACUAUGCCAUACCUAUUUAUGGUGCUAUUGCUGCAAGCGGUGCUGUCACAACAAUUAAUCCCAAUUAUAAUAUCGAAGAAAUUCACUACCAAUUAUCAGAGACCGAAUCCAAGGUGCUCAUUUUUCACUACGACAAUGCCGAUGUUGCACUAGCUGCUGGGACUCGGGCUGGUAUUGACAGAAAAAACAUGUUUGUUUUCGGUGAUCAAGCUAUCAAAGGUGUACAGCCAUUUCGGAGCAUGUUAUUAAACGCGCGCGAGGCUGUUCUGGAAGAUCUUACCCAUAAGCAAUGUAAAAAUAGGAUUGCUCUUCUCUGUUUUUCCUCCGGGACUGGUGGUAAUAGUAAAGGUGUUAUGACCACGCAUGCAAAUCUUACGUCAAAUAUUACUCAGUAUGCUGCAUUCAAAAAAAAUGUUCUUAACAGUAAAGAUAGCAGCCGUAUGCUCACUGUACUACCAUUCUAUCAUGCCUUUGGUUUAAUGGUAAAUUUAAACUAUGGUUUAUACUUCGGCAUACCCAAUUAUAUUUUGAAACAUUUUGAUAUUGUAAACUUUUGCAAAGCUAUUCAGGAGCACAGAAUCACUUUUACUACAAUUGUUCCGCCCAUAUGUAUAUUGUUGGCUAGGCACAAUAUCGUGUUAAACUACGACUUGACAUCAUUAAAGGCGGCCUUUUGUGGGGCUGCUCCAUUAAGUUAUGAACUUUUGAAUGAAACAAUGACAAGACUUCCUCACCUCAUUAUUAGACAACUAUAUGGCUCAACAGAAACUUCUCCUUUGGUAACAAUUGAACCCGUCGAUAAAGUGGUUGGUGGGUCGGUUGGGAUACUUUUGCCAAACAUGACUGCAAAAAUUAUGGGUGAUGAUGGACAUGAGAUAACUAGGUAUGGCGAACGAGGAGAGCUGUGGCUUAAAGGACCUAAUAUCAUGAAAGGCUACUUUAAUAAUCCUGGUGCAACCGCCGAAAGUAUUGAUAGCGAUGGAUAUUUACACACAGGCGACAUUGUAUUAACGGAUCGGAACGAACAUUUUUUUAUCGUUGAUAGGAAAAAGGAAUUGAUAAAGUACAAAGGGUUUGCUGUAGCACCAGCUGAAAUAGAGGGCAUUUUGUUAACCCAUCCAAUGAUUGACGAUUGUGCAGUAAUAGGUGUCUACAAUGAUGAUCAGGCAACCGAAGAUCCAAGAGCCUAUGUAGUACUGCGAAAUCCAGCUGCGGCUUCGGAAGAAACGGGUAGGAUGAUCAUGAAAUACGUGACUGAUCAGGUUGUUUAUUAUAAACAGGUGCGUAGUAUUCGAUUUGUUUCAGUUAUCCCCAAAAACCCUUCUGGAAAAAUUCUUCGUCGAAUCUUAAGGGAAGAUGCAAAGAACGAAAAUAUCAAAGCAUGCUCGUCCAAACUAUAAACCACAAUAAAAAUCGCACUUAAAUCUAAAUGAUUUGUUGUGUCUUAAUAACUUUGGCUGUGUUUUUGAAUGAUUUAUGCGACGAUUUUCAAGCUCAAUGAAAAGAUACAUGACAUGAUCAAUAAAAGUUGAAAUCACGGAUAAGUGGAAGUGGGCGUAUAAGUUGCAUUAACCAAACAAAUAUGAUACAAAAAUAGGUAAACCGGUCGAUCAAAGCAUGUAGUUUUCAAUAUAUUUAAUAAACCCAUAUUCUCAAAACUCAUUCUAUAUUGAGAUUUCGUCUAUUUCAACGCAAAAGUAUUAGCAAGCUUAUAAAAUACAGUGAGCAAUCCAAUGAAUACAAGGGAAGGGUUUGGAUUUAGAUGCAAAGCUAUUCAAAGCAUAUUCCAGAUGAAGUAAUU